AUGCACCAGGUCGCCAAUGUUUCCAAUGACCAAUAUCCAGGAGGUAGCCCAUCUAAUGAGACAACAUACAUAUUUUGGAUACGACCGUAUAAUGGGUGGACUCGCCAACUUCGUGACCAAUGCAUGAAGUCCAGCGGCACUGCUAUCUCAACUACCUUGCUAUUGGAAGGCCCAUAUGGUGACUCUGCUCCUCUGUGGGCGUACGAAUCGGUUCUAUUUAUCGUCGGUGGCACAGGCAUUGCCGCUGCUGUGCCUUAUAUCCAGGAUCAUAUCCGACGCACAUCUGCGACCGGAACAGGUACAUGUACAAAGGAUAUAACACUUGUUUGGUCAGCGAGACAGGCUUCCUUCAUUCACAGCGUGGCCUCUAGGGAGCUACAGCCUGCCUUUGAGCGUGGAGACUUUUCUGCUUCCUUCUAUUUGACGAAUGUUAACAAGAGUACUGCGUCUGCCGUUCCUUCCCCAGUCUGCACGAAAACAACGUCGUCCUUGGAUACUAAUGUUCUAGAUGAUCUGGCCAAAGACUCCAAGCUGCAGUCUCUUACUGCAGUUCCGAAAUACGAGGUGAAGUAUGGGAGACCGGAUACCAAGUCUAUUAUUUUGGAGCACGCAAAAAGCGCAAAUACGGCCAACUCGCGAAUUGCCGUACUUGUCUGCGGUCCGGAUACUCUAGCAGACAAAGCAAGAGAGGCAAUUCACAACGCUAUGCUCCAGGGAUAUCGGCAAAUCAGGUACAUUGAGGAUGCGUAUAGUUGGUAG